AUGGAUAAAGCUCUGCCGCACACAGAAGAUUUCACUGAGCUGGCACACAGGAGAUCUCAUCUAUGGAUAAAGCUUUGUACUCACCUUACUGCAAAAAAUUACAAAUCCAUAAAGAUGCAGAACGUAGGAAUAGAACGAGAAGGGCGUAGAGUAGAGCGAGCGGGCAUAGUGAUAUCCGGAACCGACGAAACUAUUUUCCAAAAAUCCGAAACUUCCGAAAGUACCAAAAUCAAGAUCGCGUGGCGAAAUCCGAAAACCAUUCCGAAACCAUUCUAUAAAAUUAAUAGUGCGACAAGAAAGGUGUUAGAACCAUCGGAAGCACAAGGACUCCGCGAUAGUUGGAACAGUGUAUCUGAACUUUUUGUAUAUAGCAUUAAUUCUUUAGUUUCACCCGCACGCUCUCACUCACACUUGCACGCUCUCACUCACACUCGCACGCUCUCGCUCACACCCGCACGCUCUCACUCACACUCGCACGCUCUCACUCACACCCGCACGCUCUCACUCACACCCGCACGCUCUCACUCACACCCGCACGCUCUCACUCACACUCGCACGCUCUCACACUCACACGCACACUCACUCUCACACGCUCUUACUCACUCUCACUCAUUCACUCUCUCUAUACAAACUCGUUUACACAUUAUUG